AUGGGCUUGUUGGGUUUUCUCGGAUUCCCCGAGAAGGGUGAACCUACGCGGCCGAAGUUCGUAGAGCUUAGAUCUGCCAAAUGGUUUAUUAUGUUCACUGUUUCCUUCGCGGCUUCUACGGAUAUUUUCAUGUAUGGCCUGAUUGUGCCUGUCACACCAACAGCAUUGGAGCGUAAAGUCGGUCUUUCACCGGAUAAAAGUAGGUCAAGCUCUUUGAUUCUGGUCUUGUGCACCCUGACUAACCUAAAGCCUCUACCUACAGUCCAAACAUGGACAUCCAUUCUUCUAGCUUUAUACUCAGCUGCAUUGCUAGCUUUCUCCCCUGUCAUCGGUUAUGUAGCCGACCGCGCCGAAUCCCGACGUUGGCCCCUUCUCCUAGGCCUCGUUGCACUUGAGGCUGCCACUGCCCUUCUGUGCAUUGGAACAAAUAUCGGUCUCUGGAUCGCCGGUCGUCUAUUCCAGGGCGCUGCCGCAGCGGUUGUUUGGACCGUUGGCAUAGCGUUGAUGGUUGAUACUGUCGGGAAAGAAGGCCUCGGCCAGGCCAUUGGAUAUGUCUCUAUGGCAUUAAGUAUUGGCACGAUGGCUGGACCUCUUUUGGGAGGUGUUCUCUACGAAAAUGGAGGAUACUACUCCGUCUUCGGUCUUGCCUUUGGGUUAAUCGGCAUUGAUAUCUUCCUCCGGCUCGUGUUGAUUGAAAAGCGACAUGCUGCUCGAUGGAUUGCGACUGAAACGAAGCCUUUGGCAUCGAUCGAAGAGAAGGGCAAUAGAGAGGCUGCUACGGAUACGAUCACGGAGUCUCCUGCACCCGUGGACGAUUCGAAAUCCGAGACACUCGAGGAAAAGCCCGUAGCGCAUAGCCCUCUAAGACAGGCUGCCAGGCUCUUGAGCUCAUACCGGCUGGUAGUAUCCCUCUGGGGGUAUUUCGUGAUAUCCUUAGUGUUGACUUCCUUCGACAGUGUUCUGCCAAUCUUCGUUGAGGACACAUUCGGAUGGGAACAGACUGGACAAGGGCUCAUCUUCAUUCCACUCAUGGUACCCCAUAUCCUAGAUCCGAUCACUGGCUUCAUCAUCGAUCGUUAUCGCUGGACCCCACGCUAUCUCACGGCGGCGGGAUUCCUCUGCGUCGUCCCAGUGGCGACUCUCCUGCGUCUCGUCAAGGAGAAUACGAUGCACGAUAAGGUUGUCCUUUGCGCCCUGCUCGCCUUGCUCGGAUGCUGUAUUUCCAUGGUCAUGACUCCCAUAGUGACGGAAGUAUUCAACGCCGUCCAAGAGAAGGAGGACAAUUCACCGAAUGUAUUUGGCCGUGGAGGCGCCAUGGCUUUGGCCUUUGGCCUUUCUAAUAUGGGUUUCGCAGCAGGCAGUCUCAUCGGCCCAUUCUUCGCUGGGUUCAUUCGCCAAAAUGCUGGUUGGGGCACCAUGGGCUGGGCAAUGGGUCUGGUUGCUGGUGUUUCUGCGAUCCCGAAUCUCUUGUUUGUUGGUGGUUGGAUCUUGAGGAAGCCAAAGCCAGCUGCGGCUGGUGAUCAGCCGGAAUCGGAAACUUCCUAA